CGCCAUUUACAAGACAAGUUUUUCGAGAAAGGAAGCGGCUCCGGGUUUGGACUGGAUCGAAACAGAAAAUCAGCGAAGGACUUUUUUUUCAUUUGUGGAAGAUUUCAAAUCAUGCCAUCCAAAACCGCAAAGAGCUCAACCGCCUCUACCAAGCCAAGAGGAAAAGGGUCGCAGGAUGUGUCUGAGGGUGAUCUGGAUGUACCCCCUCAAGAAACUAACUCCAAUGGCCAAGAGGAGGCACCACCGACAACUGAUUCGGCAGAAGGGGAGGCUGCCGAGGCGGUCGAUAAUCGAAGUUUGGAGGAGAUUCUCGGUAGCAUCCCUCCACCCCCGCCCCCAGCAAUGACCAAUGAGCCGGGCGCUCCCCGCCUGAUGAUAACACAUUUAGUGAACCGCAACUUUAAGUCGUACGCAGGCGAGCAGAUUCUGGGGCCUUUUCACAAGCGCUUUUCCUGCAUCAUUGGUCCAAAUGGAAGCGGCAAGUCUAAUGUGAUAGACUCCAUGCUCUUUGUGUUUGGAUACAGAGCUCAAAAGAUAAGAUCAAAAAAGCUUUCAGUGUUGAUUCACAGCUCUGAUAAACACAAAGAUGUGCAAAGCUGUACUGUGGAGGUGCAUUUUCAAAAGAUCAUUGAUAAGGAAGGAGAUGACUACGAAGUCAUCCCCAACAGCAAAUUCUACGUUUCCAGGACUGCCAACAAAGACGGUUCCUCAGCCUACCAUAUCAAUGGCAAGAAAGCCACAUUUAAAGAAGUGGGGGCAUUACUACGAAGUCACGGUAUUGACCUCGACCACAACAGGUUUCUGAUUUUACAGGGUGAGGUGGAGCAGAUUGCAAUGAUGAAGCCCAAAGGUCAGACGGAGCACGAUGAAGGCAUGCUGGAGUAUCUAGAGGACAUCAUCGGUUCUUGUCGUCUCAAGAAGCCCAUCCAGGUUCUGGCUCGCCGCAUUGAGCUCCUCAAUGAACAGAGAGGAGAAAAGCUAAACAGAGUAAAGUUAGUGGAAAAGGAGAAAAAUGCUUUGGAGGGAGAGAAGAACAAAGCUGUGGAGUUCCUGAAACUGGAGAAUGACAUCUUCAAACACAAGAGUCAGCUCUACCAGUAUUAUGUCCACGACCUGCAGCAGCGUGUGGUGGAUAAAGAGCAGGAGAAGCAGAAGAUCCUGGAGGAAACUAAAGAGCUCACAGAAAAAAAUGCAAAGAUAUCGCAAGAAAUGGAGAAAAUGAACGAAGAGCUAAAAAAUGUAGAGAAAAAACAAAAUAAAAUCAACAAGUACAUCGAGGCGCAGAAAGAGCAGUUCACCCAGCUGGACCUGCAGGACGUUGAAGUGCGUGAGAAGAUCAAACACUCCAAGAACAAGAAGAAGACACUGCAGAAGCAGCUGGAAAAAGAACAGAAGAAGUUGGAAGAAGUACAAAGUAUACCAAGCAGCAGUGAGAAGGCCAUCUCUGAGGCAACAGCCCGCAAGGAAGACCUGGAGAAACAGAAAGUAAAAGAAGAAGACAAACUCAAGGAAGUGAUGGAAAGCUUGAAGGAGGAAACGAGUGGAUUACAGCAGGACAAAGAGAAAAAAGAGAAAGAGCUGAUGGAACUAAGUAAGGCUGUGAAUGAGACCCGUUCUCGCAUGGACCUCGCUCAGUCGGAGCUCGAUAUCUACCUCAGCCGUCACAAGACCGCUCUGGCACAGCUCAACACGGCCAAGCAGACGCUUCAGACCACCUCGGACACGCUCAAGGAGCGCCGCGCUGCCAUCAAAGACCUGGAAGUUCAAAUUCCAGAGAAGGUGCAGGAGCUCAAAAAGGAUCAAGAAGAGUUGGAGAAGCUGACGAAGAUGGAUAACGAAACCAGAGAAGUUGUCAAAGAGUUACGGGAGAAGGUGGAUGAAGCCAAGACUUCCCUUUCCUCCAACCGUAGUCGAGGAAAAGUCCUGGAUGCCCUGAUGCAGCUGAAGAAGACCGGCAGAAUUCCUGGCAUCUAUGGGAGAUUGGGAGACCUUGGAGCCAUAGAUGAGAAGUAUGAUGUGGCAAUUUCCUCUUGUUGUGGUGCUCUGGACAAUAUUGUGGUGGACACCAUUGACACGGCUCAGAAAUGUGUCACCUUCCUCAAAGAGCAGAACAUUGGAGUCGCCACUUUCAUCGGUCUGGACAAGAUGAAGACGUGGGAGAAAAACAUGGCCCCCAUCCGCACCCCUGAAGACAGCCCCCGGCUGUUCGACAUGGUCCGAGUGAACGACGACAGCGUGCGGCCGGCGUUCUACUUUGCUUUAAGGGACACCCUAGUGGCUCAAGACAUGGAGCAGGCCACACGCAUGGCUUUCCAAAAAGAGAAGCGGUGGAGAGUGGUCACCCUGAAAGGACAGAUCAUCGAGAUGGCUGGAACAAUGACAGGAGGAGGAAGGAUAAUGAAAGGCAGAAUGGGCUCCUCUAUUAGCACCGACUUCUCCCAAGCAGAGCUUGACCGGAUGGAGAGCAAACUAAAUGAAAAAGUCUCCAAACUGCACGGCUGCCAAGAGAAAAAGCUGCAGGUGGAGGAGAGCGUCCAGCGUCUGCAACCACAGCUCAGAGAGAUGAAGAACACCUUUGAAAAAUACACCAACAGCAUCACUAGUCUCGCCGACCAGGAGACCCACUUGGUGCUUCAGAUUAAAGAGCUCGAAGCCAACGUGCUGGCAGCUGCUCCAGACAAGAACAAACAAAAACAGAUGGAAAAGAGCCUGGAAAACUUCAAGAAAGACUACGAGUCAGCAUCCAGUAAAGCAGGGAAGGUGGAAAAUGAGGUAAAAAGGCUCCACAACCUGAUUGUGGACAUUAACAGCCACAAGCUAAAAGCUCAGCAGGACAAACUGGACAAGAUCAACAAGGAGCUGGAUGAAUGCUCCUCCAUCAUAACGAAAGCCAAAGUGGCUAUAAAGACCGCUGAUCGCAACCUGAAAAAGUGUGAGGAGAGUGUGGCUCAUUUGCAGAGCGAGCUGGAGGAGAAUGAGAAGUUGAUGACGGACCUCACUGAGCAACUGAAGAAAGUGGAAGAUGAGGCUGGGGAGAUCAUGAAAGCGUGCCAGGAGGCUGAGGCUGCACUACCUGAGGUACAGGAGCAGUAUCAGAAGGUGUCAAAGGAAAUAAAGAUCCUGCAGCAGCAGGAGCACGCACUGCAGGAGGAGUCCCUCAAUGUGAGGCUCUCUAUCGAGCAGAUUGACGCCACCAUAACCAAACACAACGGCAAGAUCAAGCACUGGCAGGACGAGGCUUCCAAGUUGUCCCUACAUGUCAUUGAAGGCCAGCCAAAUGAGAAACUCCCCGUCCUCGCUGCUGCUGAGCUUAAAGCCAUCUCAGAUCCCAACGCCAUCGUGAACAAGAUGAGCACGUUGGAGAUCCAGUGCAGUCAUCUGAAGCCCAACCUGGGAGCCAUCUCAGAGUACAAGAAGAAGGAGGAGCUGUACCUGCAGCGUGUGGCCCAGCUGGACGAGAUCACAGCGGAGAGGGACACCUUCAAAUGCAGCUACGAGGACCUGCGGAAACGGCGACUCAACGAGUUCAUGACCGGCUUCAACAUGAUCACCAACAAGUUAAAGGAGAACUACCAAAUGCUGACACUUGGUGGCGAUGCAGAGCUGGAGCUCGUGGACAGCUUAGAUCCCUUCUCUGAAGGCAUCAUGUUCAGUGUUCGUCCUCCAAAGAAAAGCUGGAAAAAGAUCUUCAACCUUUCAGGAGGAGAAAAGACCCUCAGCUCUUUGGCUCUCGUGUUCGCUCUUCAUCACUAUAAGCCGACGCCUCUCUACUUUAUGGACGAGAUCGAUGCUGCUCUGGACUUCAAGAACGUCUCCAUCGUGGCUUGUUACAUUUAUGAACAAACCAAGAACGCUCAGUUCAUCAUUAUCUCCUUGAGGAACAACAUGUUUGAGAUUGCCGAUCGCCUCAUUGGCAUCUACAAAACCCACAACACCACCAAGAGCGUGGGCAUCAACCCCAAAACCAUCGCUUUUAGAGAGCACGACGCCGUCAGUGCUUGAAGCUCAAAGCCAAUGAAAAUGUUUUAUACUGUUCUUUUAUUGAAAUGCUGCUAUUCUUCCUCUGUACUAAUAAAGCUUUUGAUGACGUGUUUAUACCUUUGAGACAAUA